AUGUCGCUCAAUCGCCCUCUAGGGCAAUGCUUUCGAAGCACCCGCCACGACAGAAUCCUCCACCUCCCCUACCGCACCCUCGCAACCACCACCGAAUCCCCCUCAACCCCCGAAGCCACUCCACCACCUCCUCCAGAUGCCACCAGUGCAGAGAAAGCCCACCGCUACAACCCCAACCUCGUCCACACCUCCCGCACUGAGAAGAAACUCAUCGCAACCCAAAACCAAUAUCCCAUCGGCUCCCGCCGCCGCCGCGCCGCCCUCGCAACCAGCACCAACAUUCCCUUCUCCCAACUCCCCUACCAAUGCUUCCAGGAGGCGCGGAAAGUGCUGCUGGAAGACCGCGCGGAGAAGGUGCGGGAGGUUGAGAUGAUGCGGGAGCGCAUCGCGAAGUUGGAGGCGAAGGGGUCGCGGUUGGGGGAAGGUGAGGGUGAGGUGGAGAGGAGGAAGCGGGAGCAUCAGAUUCGGAGUAUGCGGAAGAGGUUGGAGGAUUGGAAGAUCCUGGCGGAUAUCAACGAUCCGCUUGUUAAGAAGAGGUUUGAGGAUGGGAUGGGCGACAUGACCAAACCCAUCUACCGCCACCUCUCCGACCUCCAAUGGCGCACCUACAAACGCCUCGUCCUCAUGCAACGCAUCACGCAAAUGAACGUCGUCCCCGACGUCCUCCAGUCCAUCGACCCCACCUACAGCACCUCCAUCCGCUUCGCCGACUCCCACAAAGUCCCGCACGGCGAGUUCGUGCACUCCCUCUUAUCCGAGAAACCACCCGUCCUCACCAUCCAGCCCUACAACGCGGGUGACCGGCUCGUCACAAUCGCGAUCGUGAACCCCGACGUCCCGAACGUGGAAAGAGAUGCGUUCGACUACCGCUGCCAUUUCCUCGCCUGCAACGUCAAGAUCUCGCCUACAGACACCACCGUCGACCUCUCCGCCCUCGACCCCGAGACGCAAGUCCUGCAGUCCUGGCUCCCCCCGCACGUCCAAAAAGGCCUCCCCUACCAACGCCACGCGCUCUUCGUCCUCGAGCAGAACCCCGAGACUCUCAACAAAACCUACUCCUCCCCCUCCUCCCCAGGCACCCUCAACUUGACGGACAUGAAAUCCCGUAAGCCUGAAGUUACGCAAAGAGAAAAGUUUGUCCUGAGGAGUUUCAUGGAUAAAUUCUCCCUCCAACCCCGAGGGGUCGAUUUGUUCCGAGCGAAGUGGGAUGAUGGGACGGCGGAGGUGAUGGAACGUGCGGGCCUGGCGGGCGGGGAUGUGGAGUUCAGAAGGAAGAGGGUGGAGCCGUUGCCUUAUCAAAGGCUGAAGGGGGAGAGGUUUAGGUAG